GCGGCGUACCCGGGCCCAGCCGCAUCGCCGACUACCUGCUGCUGCCCCUGGCCGAGCGCGAGCAUGUGUCCCGGGCUCUGUGCAUCCACACCGGCCGCGAACUGCGCUGCAAGGUGUUUCCCAUUAAACACUACCAGGACAAAAUCCGGCCUUACAUCCAGCUGCCCUCUCACAGAAACAUUACUGGCAUCGUGGAAGUGAUCCUCGGGGACACGAAGGCCUAUGUGUUCUUUGAGAAGGACUUUGGGGACAUGCACUCGUAUGUGCGGACCCGGAAGAGGCUCCGGGAAGAGGAGGCUGCCCGCCUCUUUAGGCAGAUCGUUUCGGCCGUGGCCCACUGUCACCAGUCCGCCAUCGUUUUGGGGGAUCUGAAGCUUAGAAAAUUCGUCUUCUCCACAGAGGAGAGAACCCAGCUCAGACUGGAAAGUCUGGAAGACACACAUAUCAUCAAGGGUGAAGAUGAUGCUUUGUCCGAUAAGCAUGGCUGCCCAGCCUAUGUGAGCCCCGAGAUCCUUAAUACCACGGGGACUUACUCUGGAAAGGCGGCGGACGUUUGGAGUCUAGGGGUGAUGCUCUAUACCCUUUUGGUGGGACGAUAUCCCUUCCAUGACUCAGACCCUAGUGCUCUUUUCUCCAAAAUUCGACGUGGACAGUUCUGCAUUCCUGAGCACAUUUCCCCCAAAGCCAGGUGCCUCAUCCGCAGCCUCCUGAGAAGAGAACCCUCCGAGAGACUUACGGCCCCUGAAAUCCUGCUCCACCCCUGGUUCCAGUCUGUCUUGGAACAAGGGUACAUUGACUCAGAGAUAGGAAUUUCAGACCAGAUUGUCCCAGAGUACCAGGAGGACAGUGACAUUAGUUCCUUCUUCUGUUGAUCCUCCCUCCCAGAAAACCUCAGAAACCUCAAUUCUCACACAUGGCAUUUCCAUUGCUGAAGAUGGACAGCCCCUCUGGCAUGGUGGUGCCACCACCAUCUUGGGGACUGCACUGAGAUUGUCACCGUAGAACUCAAUGUGGCUCCCCUUGUUGCUGUUUGGGACGAGUAACUUGAGUAAUGGGAACAGAUCUGCUGCCCUGGAAACUGGCUCUUCUUUGUACAGAACCACCACUGGCUGCUCUGGCGGACUUGAGGAUGCUGGAUCUCUAUAUGAAGAGCAUCCUGCACCAGCGGUCAAGUGUUCGGAGCGCAAACAUUUGAAUGGGAAAGGAAGUAAAUCAUGGCAUUUUUUUUCGGGGGGGGAGGUGGCAGUAACUCCAUUUUUAACAGGAUGACAAAUAAUUUGGGUCAAUUAACCUGCUGCCAUCUUUGAACUUGUCUUUGAUAGCUGGACUUGGCUACCAUAGUUUCUCUGAUCAGAAGCUCUUUUUUUGGGGGGAGGUUGCUCUAACACUCAUUAUUGCUCCAGUGACUGCUCUGUUAAGAGCUUAAGAGCCUGCCUGAACCCUGAACCCCAUACUCAGACUCUUCUCCAGAUUCUGCCAAGACCUCAUAUGCAAUAAUGCCUUUCUUCUGACCUUGAAAACUUGACCCCUCCCCUCCUCAGCUUACCAUGGAAAAGUGUCAAAAGAUUCACAUGGAGCUAUCUCAGAACUCUGAGCACAGAGACUGAAGUUUUCAUUUGUUUUGGUUUUAACAUAAUUUGAUCACUUGAAAACAGUUGCUUUUUUAGGUUCUUCUCCAGUAUGCUACCAUUUUAUCCUUUACUUCUUUUCCCCAAGAAUAUCUCAGGGUGGAACAUUUUGUCUAGAAGGAGAAAGAUAAGCCAACUCCCUAGCCUGGCUCUCAUUGGAGCAAAUGUUAAACAUCUUUGUACUUGGAUGAAAGUGGAUUUUGGAGUCUUAAAGGAUGUUCAGACUAACUUCUUGAAUGAUCCAGGAACAGCCCUCUCCACCCCUCCCCCAAGAUACUGGUCUGCCCCUGGCAUUUUACCUGGGGCUUCCGCUUUUUGCAUGAUGGGUUUUUGGAAUUUCACAUGCGGUGUGGUUUGUGAAUGCAUCCACUUUGCCAGUUGCCAGAGUGACAGGAGCUGCGGUUUUAUUUAAGUCCGAAGAAACUUCAAAAAUGAUCCCAUCCUCACUUUUUUGUUGUUGUUGUUGCUGCCACCACCUGGGCAGAAAUUUCCUUUUCAGCUUCUUGCUUGAAUGUCUCCAGAGGUAAAUUCACUCCCCCGAAAAGUAAAACUUCUCAGAAGAAACUGCAAAUUGCUUUAAAAACACAAGUACUGAUGCAAAACAAAACACAAAACCUAUCUCAGUUGCUGUCUGGCCCAGGGCUGGCAUCAGAUGGUUAAGCGGGUAGAGAAAACAUACUGUAUUUUGAGAAAUGGCACAAAACCAGGCAGGUUUCUUCAAGGGCUAUCCCAAGGCAAACUACUAACAUGCAUUGUGAGAAUGCUGUGUAUACCUCACGUACUGUGUACUUUGUACAGUUAUUUUACCUUUUAUACAGAUGUCUGAAUGUUUUGUUGUGUGACUGAGGCUUGUGGUGUUGUCUGUGUGUAUUGUGUCUGAAUAGCCUGCAUGUCCGGAACCACGUGAAAUGUGAACGAUCGUCGGCAAUGUUAUCUUGACGGAAUCAUGGGACUUGGAGGAGGAAGGCUGGGCCUCUGUUGCAUGGAGGCCCUGUGGUUGCUUGACUUGUGUAUCUGUGGAUACAUUAUCCAACUGAGGACUCUGAGCUGGCAGGGACUUCUGCCAGGACUGCUAGAAACACUAGAUCCUUUCUGUAUGUGUGUGACCAGUGAGAUGGCUGUUGCUGACUUUAGAGAAAUUUUAAUAAAUCUGGUUUCGUAAA